GCUGUCAGAAACAGGGCUUAAAGCAAAAUCAACAGUCUGCCCUUCACGUCUUGGUGCACUGCAGAGGAGUAACCUGUCAACAUGUGGGCACGUCUGUGGGCCUGAGAGUGUGUUUGUGUGUGCGUGUGUGUGUUGUGGGCCGGGUCAUGAGACUACAGGGGUGUGUGUUCUCCUCGUUCAGUAAAAUCGCAGCUGGAUUUCUCUCUUCAGCAUCCAGCAGGAGGAAACACGUGUGUCUGCUCUCUCAGUCCGCUCACAUCAUGGCAGAGGAGGCGAAGAAACUGGCCGCUUAUGCUGCUGUGGAUAACCACGUUCAGAACAACCAAGUGGUUGGAGUGGGCAGUGGAUCAACCAUCGUCUAUGCUGUGGACAGACUAGCUGAGAGAGUGCGUCAGGAGAAGCUGAACAUCGUGUGUGUGCCCACCUCCUUCCAGGCUCGUCAGCUGAUCCUGCAGCACGGCCUCACACUGUCGGAUCUGGACAGGCACCCAGAGCUGGACGUGGCGAUAGACGGAGCAGACGAGGUGGACGCAGAGCUGACGCUGAUAAAAGGUGGAGGCGGCUGUCUGACUCAGGAGAAGAUCGUAGCCGGCUGUGCUAAACAUUUCGUCGUCAUUGCAGACUACAGGAAGGAUUCCAAGGCUCUGGGCCAGCAGUGGAAGAAGGGAGUUCCCAUCGAGGUGAUCCCCAUGGCGUACGUCCCCGUCUCCAGGGCGAUAGCCAAGCGCUUCGGAGGGGAGGCCAACUUGCGGAUGGCUGUCAGUAAAGCGGGUCCUGUGGUCACUGACAACAGUAACUUCAUCCUGGACUGGAAGUUUGAGCGCGCUGAGAACUGGAAGGAAGUGAACACGGCGAUCAAGAUGAUCCCAGGUGUGGUGGAGACAGGGCUUUUCGUCGGCAUGGCGGAACGAGCGUACUUUGGGAUGGAGGAUGGAACUGUGCAGGUGCGAGACCCUUCAGUCAACUGAGGGGUUAGAUCUCUUUCACUAGUGUCGACCCUCCGCUAGAACGACCUCACUUUACCCACAAGUGCCGUGGUUAUAAUUUAGAGCCGCUCUCAGUGUUUGGACUGAGCUGCUCCUCCUGCAGAACUGGACUAAACUUUCACACACACACACACACACACACACACACACACCUCAGAACACUUGGUCUUUCUCAUCCAGCAAGUGGUGCUUCUGACACUGAGCUUUAAAGUGCCUGGUGAGUCAAAUGAAGUGCUUCUGAUUAUUGAUUAUAUGUUAUUUGUUUGGCCUUCUGUUCUCACUAUUGACUCUUCCUGUAAUUAACGUGUUUGACUGGAUGUCUGCAGAGCUGUGGUGAGUCAUUGCACCUCUGCAAAAUGAAACUACGGUGUGCCUUGAGAUUAUAUUAUAAAUCUUAUUAAAGUAAUUCUGCUCUUAAAGUUACAUUUAAGAGCUUCUAAUCCUACAUCAAACGAUGUGCCAUCUGCUAGCAUGCAGUAGAUGCAUUGUCAUCAGUCAGAAAGCUGAUAUGCCUUAAAGUCUUUUUGUUUAAUUAGAUUAAAAAAAAGAGUAAUAUGAACUCUUACCCACAACAUUGAAAAGUCACACUCUUUCAUUAAAUGAAUUUCAGUAAUUAAUUUGAACCGAAAAAGCUCUAAACAUUCAUGAGCUCUUUGGUAAUGUAGGGACGCCCUGUGGUGCAGCUAUGAAGCUUCCAUUAUUUCAUUAUCGUGUUAGCGACACAAUACAGUGUCACCAAAACACAUUACAACGCAGAGGCAGGUGGAUGCCGCUUGCUUCUAACAGACAUUUCAACACAUGGUUUGGCAGAUGUAACACAGAACGGGUACUCUCUAAGUAGAAGAUGUCAAAGGGCAGGGAACCUCUGCACAGGAAAGGUGAAAAACCACCUACCAAAGGACAACGUGAAUUCACCUCUUUAUUUUCAAGGCAUGCACUUCCUUUUUAACGUCUGGAAUAUGUUUUUCUUAAAAUCAUCUUAGGCAUCCAGCUGUACUCAUCAUCCUCUCUAGGAGUUGUACUUAUUUGAGACUUCUGGACCACUGCAGGUUAAACGGCUGUAAAAUAACAAGCACAUUUUCACCUUAAAACGACACCAUGAUGUGACCUGAUAUUCCUUCUUAAAGGGAUGUUUACCAGAGCUGGUUUCAGAUUCUGCCUCUGUUUAAAUGUGUUUAUUUCACUGGUCAGAGUGGUACGUGCUCAUUAUCUGGAAGUUAUUCUCCUUGGCUGUUGAAACGUGUAAUAGCAACUGCUGCCGUGGACUAAUGGUCUGAUUUCCUGAGUGACGAACGUUUGAGUAAUAGUUGUAGUUCGGUCUGACUUCUAACAGCCGUACAUUUACACUUCAGUCAGCAGAGGUAAAGUCCGCAGCCUCUCUGUUAAACAAACACACGCUGAAUGGCGUGCAUGUACAGUACAUCCCUUCACUCUGUUUGCUCUUCUCGUGCCUGCAUGUCAGUUACGUUACAUUUCUUAUGCCUUACAUCAGCCAUCUGCUCACAGGAGGUCUGGUGCCAUCAACUUAAUGUUAAAUAUAGCUAUAGAGGGACGUGCAACAUGUUGAGCUAAUGAUGAUGGGCAGUUAACAUUGUUAUCAUAGAGCUCAAAUGUAAACCAACGGCAACAAAAUCACAUUUGAUGUGCCUUGGCACGCCAAAGCAAUAGAACAGCCGGUUGUAUUACUUAAUCGCUACAUCUAUUGACGUAGCUGAUCAAGGUGUUGGACUAACGGCCAUCUAGAAUCAAUGCUUCAUUUAGUUGAAAAUAAAAAAUACUUUGAAUUUAUUUCAAAAACACUGCUAUCCGCUUUCCCUCAAAAGAUAUUCAGCGGCUUAUCAUUCCUUUUCUUCAAAAUAAAAUGGUGAAGUUGUCUUUCCAAUGAAAACACUUUACUGUCCAGUACAACCAUGCAUCAUUUGUUUGAAAAUUGUGCCAAUUUGUCAUGUUCAUUUCCAUAUGAUGUAUUUUGAAAUGCAGCUUUUCACUCUGCUUUUGCCUUACACUUUAUUUUUGUAUGUUUAUGUAUAUACUGCUCUGAGAGAUUUAACAUGAUGUAAUCAGGCAAAGCUACGUGUCUUUAUAGAACUAUGCUAUAUGGGGCAUCAAAUGUUACUCUGGUGUAAUUCUACUCGUCAGUGAAAUGGAUGUGAAUGAAUUUGAGGAUACAUUAACUGAACAGAUAAUCUGUGGCCCAGUUUGGCUCCAGGUUGUACACCAUGUUGGAUAUGUUUGCACCAGCAUUUCUCUUAUUCCUUUACCAAUUGACUGUGAUAAUGAUAUGGCUGUGAAUUUAUUUUCUUUGUCAAGCAAUACAGAAACAUAAUAACA